AUGGAGAAUGUUGCCUUGAAGAAGAGGUACGUAGCUAAUAAGAUUUUACUUCUCCUUUCAGCCCAAGCAGCAGCAAUUCCAGAGCGCUUGGUGCUGCCCUCCUUGAGUGUGAGUCCACGGGGGCAACAUCAAGAGAGUGCUUACUUCUUCACUUCCACUCCGCAUAUUGAUACAGCAUCACUGUCGUGCAGUUCUGCGGCUAUUACAACAAUUCAUCUGCCUGCUCCACUGGAAGCCUAUUUGGUAGAGCAGAUCCCUUCAAAGGCAGUGCGAGGGUGGCAGGAGGAGCAGGUGCGUCAGUGGCUGGCGGAGCACUCACUUGAACACUAUGCUCACGCAUUUGCAUGCAUUAACGGACUACAACUCUAUGAACUCGCCUGGCAGCGAAUCCGCGGCUGUGAUUCCUUCUUCCGAAACCUCAGUUUCGGCAUGCACAUGCCUCUUUACGAGCAGCUCCUUCUCUCUAGUGCCCUUGCCAGUCUGCACAACUAUCCCGACCCCUCACCCUCCUCUUAG